CGCCCACUUGGGAACACCCCCGAGAUGAGUCCAUGCCUACAGAGCCGGAGAGGGAAGCCGCCCGGCUGCUGACAAAACCAUGGCUCGCAGGCUGCGCCCUCCAUCAGCAGCAACCGCCGGAGGCGCCCUCCUUGACGGUGUGGGUCGAAGGGAGACCAGUAACCGCCCUACUGGACACCGGGAGCACGGUGACCCUCGCCCAGCCGUCCAUCCUGCCUGACGGGCGCCGCCCAAGCGGGACGCUCACCAUGACCUGUGUCCAUGGGGACACCCGGGAAGUCCCCGCAGCCGAGGUCCAGAUCCGGGGCGAAGCCGGCACCUGGCCCCUUCAGGUCGGAAUCAUCCCCAAACUCCCCGUGCCCCUCCUCCUGGGACGAGACUGGCCCGGAUUCCGGGUGGUACCGAGAGCCGAGCCCCGGAGAUCGCGGCGACGUGUGAAGGGGCAAGCAAGGAUUGACAGGGUGGGCCCCAUCGUCCGGGAGGCUGGCCUGACAGCGAACCCAAAGAAAUGCCACCCAGGGCUGACGGAAGCCCAGUACCUGGGAUACCGCAUCGGACGGGGAAUGCUGAAGCCCCAACUAAAGAAGAUCGAGGCUGUGAAGGACUAUCUGCGUCCGACAUCGAAAAACCAGGUACGUGCCUUCUUGGGAUUGGCGGGCUACUACCGCAGGUUCGUGCCUAACUUUUCUGCUGUAGCCUCUCCCCUCUCAGACCUUACAAAGAAGGGCCAGCCAGACCAGGUGAGGUGGACAGCCGAUGCAGAAAGGGCCUUCCAGGCCCUAAAAGGAGCCCUCACCGACACCCUCUGGGCCCACCACCGAGCGGCAGUAGGCUCGGAGCUGAGGGGGGGGUACUGUCGCGACCGGCAGAGUGCCGGCGCACAUAAGAAGGAAAUCGCUCCUUCUCCAACUGCCGCACCGGCACGACGUGGGCAGCUUCCUGCCGAACAUUCCGCCAGCCGGAAGGACCGCCGCGGCAGGGCGGGGCUGAUGCGACUCCGGCCAGCGAUUGGCGGAUCCAACGGGGAAGUCCCACCACUCAGGCGACGGCGGAGGAGGAUAAAAGGGCACGCUUCCGGCCGGGAAGGGGAAGAGAAUAUCGUGGCGUCAAAACGGACUCCGAGGCGUAAGCGCGGACGAGACCGCCGGAUAGUGAGAGUCGCACACACGGAGGACGCCGGCCCGGGAAAACCCCCGCCCCGCCUCGGGAAUCCCGCCUCCGCCACGAGUCGACUCCGCCGGCCGUCACGCCUUCACAAACCCCCGCACUCUUCCAUUUAUAACACGUUCACCUCACCCUAGCCACAAUAAAGCACCGUCUGCAACCA